AUUGCCUACAGCAACGUUAGAUCUUGUCAUCACACACAGUUUUGUUGCACUCGACUACGAGAGACACUAUAUAAAGAUUGAAAUGGAAGAAAAGAAGGCGAACCCCCGACUGAGUCACCUGGGUUGGAGUGAAGAGGUCCCCACCAUGGCUAUGUUUACACCAUCUGACGACGGGGACUGGUUCCCUGGGAACCUCACCUCAGAGGUUUAUGAGAUUGUGGUUGGUGGCCCCAGGCUGAAGUGCCUGGAUGGCCUGGGCUUUGGCCUGGGCUGGGCCCUGAGGGGACGGGUCUUCCACCCUAAAGGUGUGCUGCCUACAUCCGUGUUUACGCCAAGCCAGCCAAUGGAAAUAAAAUCUCCGCUCUUCCACAAGGAAUUGUUUUUCACACUCCGUCAGGUGGGAACGGCGACAGACAGUAAAUGUGUCUACCAGGUAAAAUUUACACCUGUGCCUUUGUGGCCAGAGGAUUGGCAGCAACAUCGCCCCAAGCCAAAUCUGAAGAAAUCUUCAAAAGUCAUUUCCCAGACCCAAAGUUAUCCUACUGGGCCUCACUCCAGACAUGCCAGGGGUCUUGGGCUGUCAUUGGACUACCUUGACAGGAUGGAUAGACCGUUGCCUGUCAAAGGCCACGCCAAAGCUGACAUCACUGUCUGGAGAACACCGCAGUUCUCUCCCCUUCCCGACAGCGUCUUCUGCGUUGGAUCUAGCUCACCAUUGGAAGCUGACUGUGUGGAAAUUUUAUUCAACAAGAUUUUUGAGAAAGCGCAGAGCAUCCCUGUCUACAAGCCUAAGGAGACAGGUAGAGCCCGAGGGGACGUGGUCACUAAGACUGAAGAAAAACAUGAAUCACUGCCUGUGCUUAUCGAGGAACAGCCAAAAGUACCAGAUACCCCCAUUGUCAUUGAGCCAAAGAAACGCUCGUUCAAGAAGAAGCUGGGGUCCUUCAUGAGGCGACUUUUUGGCUGCGCAGCUUCACCUAGCCAAGAACAUUAAUUCAACCCAUAGCCUUUGAAAUAUCCACUGCACUGAAAUCUAAACUAAAGCUGUCUCCCAGUUCUGUCCCUGUUGUCAGCUCGCAGGCUUAAAUAUUGGCAUGUUUAUCUUCAAACUUUCGGCUCACAAUUCAAGUCCUGAUUUUGGACUCAAAUUUCCUUUUCCUGUUCCCUGUGACCUCAGUUCCCUCCCCUGUUCGAUUGUUGCUGACUUUUAAGUUCAGCAGUACCAAAGUCUCAGCAAUCGAUCCAUUUUCCUGAUUGGCCAUUCUCUAUACUUAGUUCCUUAGAUCCACUGAUCUGUUGGGUUUUUGUUUGUGCUGACAUGUGAGGAUGGUGGAGUGGGUGUGUGGAUGGAGGGUCACUGGCGGGGCAUUGAUUUACCCGUAAACCCAGAGUGUGUGAGUGAGAGGUGCCUUGGGGGUCCCUGGCGCGGCAUUGGGUUGCCCGUAAACCCCUGGGGAAGUGUAUGGGGACCACUCUCACAUUCAGGUCAUACAUGCAGCUCACCAGCUCAUUGGGAAUAAGUACCUGGGUAUACAGGUGUGUCAGCGGGAAAUAAGGAACGGUGAGAUGGGUGCAAGUGGGACCCUGAAUGGUGAGGAGGAACUGCCGACAGGACAAAGAAUGAGGCAUCUGAGAACAGGAAUACUAAAUUUAGUUGUAAGUCAAACUAAUCAAAAUUGAGCUGCAUGGAAGAAUUAUUUGAAAGGAACAAAGUUCUGGGAGGCAAUUUUAAUCAUCAAUUUUCUACUGAUCUUUUUGUCUAGAGUACAGUAAAUAUAUUUACACCUGUACUUUAAUAUAUUUACCACUUUACAAAAUGGUCUGAUCUUGAAGACUUGAAGAAGUUCUUAUACUAUUAUUAAAUGUGCCAAAUGUGAUUUGUUUUCUGAAAGAUUUAUACAUUUUUAAUUGUUUAUAAAUGUACAAAAAUGUAUACAUUUUCAUAUGAAUUUUACCAAUAUAUAUAUUUAUUUAUCCUCAA